AUGGAGCCGCCUGGCCGACGAGGAAUUGACGUCGCAUCUACAUCGAAUCCCUUUCCUCAAUUUCCCAGCAUUCUUGAAACCGCAAGACGGCCCGAGGCCACUAUCCUGGAUCUAGGAUGUGGACUUGGCCAGGGUCUACGCCUACUCGCCGCUCACGGCGUUCCCACGGAGCGCAUGUGGGCGCUGGAUAUCGAGGCCCAUCUGUGGGCGCUGGGUUAUCAGCUCUUUCGCGAUGAGGGCCGCAUGCAGGCCACGUUCAUCCACGGCGACUUCCAACAAUCAAUCAUGGAGAAUGGCCCGCUCGCGGCAUUGAGGGGACAGGUAGAUCUGGUGUUGACGUCGCAGUUCUUACACUUGUUUGACUGGGAUGGCCAGCUAGCGGCGAGUAAGAAGAUCGUGAGUCUCUCUAAACCAGCGACCAUAAUAGCGGGCUUUCAACAGGGGCGCAAACGCGCUCGGGCCUAUGUUCGGCCCUGGGGCAUGAUGUUCUAUCACAACCAGGAUUCAUUUCUGCAAAUGUGGGAGAUGGUUCAGGAGCAGACGGAGACACGGUGGGUGAUCGACAUUAGCGUGGUCAAAUUGCAGGAGUGGGGUAUGCAGGAUGAGGAUUUAGAAUGGAUGCCCGAGGAUCGCAUGGGGAUCAAUUUUAUAAUUACGCGAAAGUAG